AAAUAAAAGUGCGUAAACCUUUAAGUGCCGAUGCAUGGCAGGAAGGAAUUUUAAUCAGUAUAAUUCUAUGUGAACAAAUGGAAACAGGAAAAUACCCUGAAGCCUAUAUUUUCCCACUGCAUGCCAAAUCUCUAAAUGAAAGCGGAUUAAAAGAAGAAUUAGAAAAGAAGAUUAGUUUAACGGAAGCAAAGAGUGAGGUCAUUAUAGAUGCUUUAAAAUCUGAAUACUUUUCAGUUUUCUUCAAUGACGCUUAUCUAGAUGCUCAACAACUCGCUUUAAAAGUGUAUAUGAAUUCAUUUUAUAGUGAAGCAGGGAAUA